GUACGCCACUAAUAAAUCAUCACUUCUUUUUGAAGCCUGAAAGAAUUCUUACCGUAUCAUACCACCAAUGGCUGCUUUGUAGUAAAAUUAUUUUCCAUGUUGGACCAAAAUCCUGUGACAAACAAAGCCACCACAGCCAAACCCUUGUUACCUAACUUUGGUACUUUGUCCUUUCAUCACCAGUCAAUGAACCACAAUGGCAGUUUUUGUUUUUCAUUUUUUCCUUCUCUCUCUUUCCCUCUGGGUGGCCACCUCACCUACUCAUAUGAUCUCUGGCGGUUUUCCUACCCUGGUUUUUGUCAGCUUGUAAGAUCUUCAGACAGAGUUCCAAAAACAGUGUUUUUGGUCAGAAUCCCAUAGUUAAUUUAAACAAUAAACAUCAAUCAGCUGUCUCUUCUGAAAAAGUUUGGUUCUUUUCAAGAAUUCUUCUUAUGAAAUAUGGAAAAUGAAGGAGACCACGUUGUCAAAAAACAGAAUGGUGAAGGAACAAGCAGUAACACUCUUGAUCCUCCACUUCAAGGGUUUGGAGAUUCAACUGAGAUAAUUGAAGAGACAUCACUUGGUCAGCACCGAAGGCAAGAUGAACUUGUCUUAGAGACACCACCAAGAACUCUAGAGGAUGGCAGGGAAGAUUUUAUGAGAAUAGACAUGCCUUUAACACCAACAGCUACUCCUAAAAGAGUUAACUUUUCACCCAUGCCUAGCCCUAUGUAUUCCAGAUUUGAUGAGUCUCCAGUCUACUUAUCAUCAAAAAGUAAAUCAUCCUUCAAAAGCCUCCUUCCAAAGUUAAGUUUCAAGUAUCGCAACACUAAUUUGGAGAUUGAAAAGGCUGCCAUCUUAGCACUGCGAGGCUCGUCAGCAGAUAUAUAUGGGAAGCAUCACAUUCCAAGGACGUUUUCCCUUUCAAAGCUUUUCAUACCAAAAAUGAAGAAUGCAUCAUUUUUACCUGGUACCCCAAUUGCACAUUCAAACCCAGAGUCCAUGCAUGACGGGCAGAAAGGAGGGGCCAGACGACCCAUUUAUCGGUCACAUUCAGUUCCUGUGCUCAUCAAAGAUGGAAGCAUAAUGCAGCUGGAUUCUUUAGGGGGUGUAUUUCGUGUAAUUCCUACAACUCCAGGAGCAGUCAAGGGAACUGUUUUGACAACAUCGAACACAUGUACCAAAAAUGAUAACGAUGGAAAUGAUGAUGGUGGUGAACAUAUUCCUGAAGAAAAAGCUGUUUGUAGAAUCUGCUUGAAUGAACUGGGAGAAGGUGCUGAGACCCUCAAGAUGGAAUGUAGCUGCAAAGGUGAACUUGCCCUUGCCCACCAAGAAUGUGCCAUAAAAUGGUUUAGCAUCAAAGGUAACAAAACAUGCGACGUGUGCAAGCAAGAGGUUCAAAACCUACCUGUUACUCUUUUACGAGUUCAAAAUGUUCAGGCUCAUAAUUUGAGAGGAAGUGGGGAACAACAAGCUGUGGCUGCUAGAUACAGGUUCUGGCAGGAUGUUCCCAUUCUUGUCAUUGUUAGCAUGCUUGCUUACUUUUGUUUUCUUGAGCAGCUGCUGGUUUCAAAAAUGAAGACCGGUGCGAUUGCCAUCUCUCUUCCUUUUUCCUGUAUAUUGGGUCUCCUUGCUUCCAUGACAUCAACAACAAUGGUGAGGAGAAAAUAUGUCUGGAUUUAUGCUACAAUUCAGUUUGGACUGGUGGCUCUUUCAGCUCAUCUUUUCUACUCAUUUCUCCAUGUACAGGCUGUUCUCUCUGUCAUUCUCUCUGCAUUUGUUGGGUUUGGAGGCACAAUGUGUGGAACCUUUAUUCUUCAUGAUGUUUCAAGACGGUGGAAAAGGCGGCAUGCUGAGUCAAAUCAUCGACUUGGUUCUCAAGAGGUUCCACAGCCAGAUCAACCACCGGUGACCCUGGAACAAACUCAGACGGAUACUCACCCUAAUGGAACUGAAAGGAGAGAUGUAUAAACACUAUAAAA